CGCAAACGGGGCGGUGGCCCCGGUUAAAGGGGAAACUUGACAGCGCCGCCGCCCGCUCCGCUCCGCGCCCGCUCCGCCGCCAGCGCGCUCCGCUCCGCCGCGAUCUCUGCCCUUCACCACCGCCAAGAUGCUGCUGCUGCUGCUGGGGAUCAUCGUGCUCCACGUCACCGUGCUGGUGCUGCUCUUCGUCUCCACCAUCGUUAGUCAAUGGCUGGUGAACGGCGAGCACACGGCAGACCUGUGGCAGAACUGCAGCUCCGGAAGCGUUUUCCAGUGCCUGGCGUCCUCCACCAACGAAUGGCUGCAGUCUGUCCAAGCCAUGAUGAUCCUCUCCGUCAUCUUCAGCGUCCUGUCCCUGUUCCUGUUCUUCUGCCAGCUCUUCACGCUCACCAAGGGCGGCAGGUUCUACAUCACCGGAGUCUUCCAGAUCCUCGCGGGGCUGUGUGUGAUGAGUGGCGCUGCCAUCUUCACAGUGAGGCACACGGACUGGCACCAAGCCUCGGAAAACACUUCCUACGGCUUCGCCUACAUCCUGGCAUGGCUGGCCUUCCCCCUGGCCCUGGCCAGUGGCAUCAUCUACGUCAUCCUACGGAAGCGCGAGUGACACCGCGGGACGUGGCCUAGCGUGACAGGGGCACUUGUGAUGUCCUCGGAGGAGACGGAGGCGGGGGAGAAUAGACGAGAAAACGGAAAAGAAAAUUAACCAAAAAACAAAAAACAAAAAACAAACAAAAAAAAAAACAAACAAAAAAAAGGAAUAAACCCUCCCAUCCAAACCAAACCCAACCCAACCAACCCCCAGAGGAAACACUCAAAGGGUUCCUUGUUAAUUGAAGAUGUAUAUAGUAUCUAUGGUUUAAAAAACCUAUUUAUAACACUUUUUACAUAUAUGUACAUAGUCUUGUUAGCUUUUGUUGACCAUGCGCUGUUUUAAAGCCUAAAGCAAGUGCCUAAGGAACUCUCACUCCUAACAGUGUAACAAGAGCGCAGUGAUUUUUCUCUCAUGCAAAAUCCUCUCUAAGCUGAACUCUCCUGCCCUGUCCCAGCCCGUGUUGAACCGUCAGAACCCCUAGCCCUGACUGGUUUUAGGCUGGCGUGGAUCAGAGUCACACCUGGUUCCGCAGCCGGAGGGCUGGGCCCUGCUCCUGCCACAUGCUGUGAUCCAAAGGGCACAUCCAGAUCUGACGGGAGAUGCUUCCAAAAGGUUUGAAGGAUUUUGGAGCAAAGGCUUUGAUUGCCCCAAGUGCCUAAAUGACUUAUGUGCCUAAGUCCCAUUGCCUUGCCACCACACCCGGUGGGAGCUUGGGCUUUUAAAUCACUUAGGUCGUGCUGCAAUCCAGCCCGGGCCGUCCUCCUUCGCUUGGGCUGCGGGAUUGGGCUGUGCCGAGCACUGGGAACUGCUGCUCCCAGCCUGGAACGUGCUCUGUCCUUGCUGUGGAGCUAAACUGCCCUGAGAAAGAAACCAACCCAGCCUGUCCCUGCAACCCAAUACCAGAUGUAUGAAAUGGUGCUAUCUAUUUACCAUUCCUUAUCCUGCUAAGCCAUUUAACCUUAGUCACUGGAAAUUCAGUUAACGACCUUGAGGUAAACAACCAAGCUAGAAAUGAGAAAUAAUUCUGUGUAAUAUAAAUGAGCUAUAACUGCUUUUGUACUUAGAUUUGCUCUUACUAUUAUUUUUAAUAAAGCAUUUAUAACCAAGA